CGCCUCGCUUCCUCUUCCUCUCACCCAUCCUCUUUUGCACACACGCACACACCAGGCAGCUUCAUUGCUCUCCUUCCACACUCACACAAACUCAUUCAUCUCUCCCUCACUGGUCUAUCUUGUAAUUCUCCUCCUCUUUUUCCCCCCCAUCUCUCGCUCUUUUUUCUUCCUCCUCCUCCUUUUGGAUGCCCACUGAGCUAAGCAGUCACUACUGGGUCCGAGGAGGCAAAAGGAAGGAGGAUAAAACCAGAAUAGAUGCAGAAAAUAAGGGAAACAGGAGUGGGAGGGAAAAAAGCGGGAUGAGCAAGAAGCGGUUGAAUGAAUAGCAGCACGGAAGGGAUUACAAAGACUGAAAAGAAAGAGAGGAAGGAGCAAGCCUGGCAGAAGCUUCGCCACUUUCUUUUUCUCUAUAACCAUCCUUGAUUGCUCUCAGACAGUGAAAGGGAGGAAUGAUAACACAGCCGCUAGUCCCCACCUGGAGUCCAACCAAUUGUUCUCCACCUUUUUUGGGGUCCGCGCAGGUUCAGUCUACCAGCGUAAAAGGGAAGUAGACAGAGGCUGACCUCUCACCACCCCAGCGGGAUCCCACGGGCGAGAGGAGGACAGGGGGCAGCGGCGGGUGAAAAACUGCCAACGACGAGCUCUUUAACCUGACCGCCACUUCUAGUCAGAGAGGGGGCAUGUUCGGAUUAAAGGCGCCCCACUUCUGCCUCCCAGGCAUGAGCCAUGAGUCCACCAAAUCGCCGCCAUUAGGAAUGGUCUCCACGGCGACUCGCACCACGGCCACUGUCAGUCCCCUCAGCCCUCUGACCAAUGGGAGCGCGCUCGCCCAGUCUUCCAACUCCGGAUUUGCUGCUGCCCUGCGCAAACUGGCCAAACAGGCUGAGGAUCCCCGAGGUUUGGCCCUCACCGGUGAGUCAUCACCCGUGUCUUCGCCCGCCACCAGCCACAGCUCACCGGUCAGCACGCCGAAGCAGGCCACACUAGGGCCUCUCUUGGCUCAGUCCCGGGGCCACACCGUUGUCCCGAGCACCCCUCCCGUGGUCACCAUUGCGCCCACCAAGACGAGCAACGGCCUGUGGAGGGCUGAAGGACGACAGGUGGAGCAGAGCGUUCCGAGGCUCGGAGGGGGCAGAGAGCGGGCGUCCACUGACAACAACCAUCCGCAGCGUGACAAGAAAACUCCUCCGGUGCCCACGCCUCUCCCACUGGCUCACCCUUUUGGACUCACCCCCAGCUCGGUCAUGCAGGACCCUCGAAUGCAGAGCCUCAGUUUACCUGGGCAGAUGCACCCUGCGGUUCCCUCAGGCACCAUCCCGGAGGAGUACCUGAGAGCGCUGCGUCCCUUCGCCACCCCCGAUGACUUGCGUCUGACCUGUGUGCCUCUUGGUCUGGACCCCUCCGCCGCUCAUGCUGCUGCCGCCGCCGCUGCUUACUACCAUCCGGCCUUCCUGCACCAUUCUUUGUCUUUACCCAGAAUGGAGGAGUCCUUGUGUCUGUCGGGGUUACGGUCGCAGUUCUACUCCAUGCCUCCUGGGGGAGCCUUUCCUCCUCUGCACCCCUCUGGCCUCCACUUUCACCUGCCUGGAGCCCGCUACUCUGCAGAGCUAAACCACAGCCUACUUGCUGAGAGGAUGCAGAUGGAGAAUGAGCUUCGCCAGCGAGAGAGGGAGAAAGAGAGAGAGGAGGAGAGGGAGCAAGAGCUGGACAGACAGAAGGAGAGGCAGAGGGACAGACAGCAGCAGAUGGUCAGGGCGUCUGAGGGCCACCGAUACCUGGCCGACAGGCCGCCUCAGAGGGUGCCUUCACUGGAAGACCGGGCCAGGCUAGGGGAGAGACUGACCCCCAACAGGCUGGAUCAAGCCAAGGAGUCAGAGCUCCCGGCUUUCCAUGUACAAAAACCUAUGCCCUUGAACCUCCACUCCUCUCGGGGCUCCAUCCCACACUCGGUGCCUAGUCUGGUGCCUUCUCACCCAACCAAGCACCACACUGCGCCUGCGUCGGGUGGCGUCCACGGAGCUGUGGCAUCUGCCGCCAUGAAUGUGAGGGCCAGCGAGGAGGCCUGGACAAAAGACAGCAAUAGAACAGGCCAUCCUAACCAAGGCAUCAAAGAUGCACCACCUGCCCUCGGCGCACCACCUCCCCUCAUCUCCCCGAAAGCCCCGCAAACCACAUUGUGGAACCCCGCCUCUUUUGUGGACCGCCGAAAGUCCACCCCACCAAUUCGUCCCCCUCCCGGCCUGACCAGGGCCGACCGACCCCACCUGAGCUGGGGGGAGAUGUUGCAGGAUGGAGCCCGGAGGAGACCAGAGGCUCCUGAAAGGUAUCCCUCGGCGAGAGAGGAGGCCGGCUUGUCCAACAAGGCCGAACAUGACCUCGUCGUCCUCCAGAGGCGCCACGCCAACAACCUCCACCUGAGGCUGUGCGCGCCCCUGUCAGACCCCAAUGCCGGCAGGGAGCGGCAGAGGGACUGUGCGCUGGUGUACGACGAGGCACUUCAGCAACAUCGGCGACUCCUCAGUAAGCUGGACCUGGAGGAACAGAGGAGGAGGGAGGCGCGUGAAGGAGGUUAUUACUACGACUUAAAUGAGUCGUACGACGAGAGCGACGAAGAAGAAGUCAAAGCCCAUCUGAGGAGAGUGACGGAACAACCACCCCUUAAACUCAAUACGUCCUCUGAGAAAGUGGACUUCCUGCGCACAUGUGGCCUGAUUACACUGGCUCAUCGCAACGAGCUUCUGCAGCGCAAGAGGAGAAAGAGGAGGCGGAUGAUGAGGGAGCGCAGCACCUCACCACCUUGCACCAUGCGGGUGAAGCGGAAGUCUCCCACCUCGCCGGCCGCCGUGCUGACGACGCCGUAUACCGCCGAACAGAUGGACGGCGCCCCCGAGCUGCAGGAAAAGAAGGACUUCCUGCGCGCCUUCAACCUCUCCCACGUCAGCGCUCGGCAACGAAGAGACAAAGAGAAGACUGAGGAGCUGCUGAGGGCCAUUGAGAAGAAGAUUGUGACAUUGGACACACUCCGAUACAACUCUGUACCUCCGUGUAGCAGCAGCCCCCCUGCCGUCCCCUCCUCACUCGUUGAGUCCUCAUCAACCCCGCCUUCCUGUCAGUCAAAUGGACAAAUUCAUCCCAACUCUCCGAGCCCCUCCCCUCCAUAUUUACACAAAGCGAGACAUGCCCCCCACGACGACGGUCUCAGGCAGCCGCCUCUACCCCUGGCACCCCACCGUGACAAAGCGGCAUUCGAAGAGGCGCCGCGAAUCAACAAGAAGCUGCAGCCAGUCCACAUCGGUCACCUCGUAGCUCCUCUGAAAAAAGAGCACGGCGCACUAGUAAAUGGUCGGGUCCGGCCUUGGGAGAGGUUCACACCCGAAGCCUUCGCUCAGCACUUCCACCAGGCUGUGCUAAAGUCCACACACCACAAAGGGGUCUCAAAUCUGACGAAGGCUGAUAGUUCUGUGCCUCGCGAACUCUCUCCGCACAAAACACCUCAUCCGAACCACGCUGUUCACCACGUCAACGGCCAUCGCACCCAUUCCCCUCGAGUCGGUCAGGGGGAGCAACUGACCAAUGCGGACGUGGACGAGGGUGAAGACUCAUCUGGGGACGAGGAGGAGGACGACAAUGAGGAACCACCAAGAAAGUGGAAGGGCAUUGAAGCAAUUUUCGAGGCCUAUCAGGAUUAUGUGGAUGAGCGGAGUGUUGAGAGGCAGGUUCUUCACAGUCAAUGCAAUAGACUUGAAGCGCAGAACUACAACCUCAGCAGAACCGCAGAGCAGCUCUCUCUCACUAUGGCGGAGCUUGUGAGCCAGAGGCAGCGGGUACGAGAGGAGCGUGAGAGACUGCACGCUCAGCUGGAGCACUUCAGGAGGUGUCUGACGCUACCCAGCAUGCACUGGGGCAGAGGGAGGCACCUCAACACCCACACGCCCAGGUGACCUCAGGGCGCUGUGUGUCCAAAGACAACUGGCUUUGCACUUAAGAGAACUUAACGGAAGUCAAUCCUCGGCACCAUACCCAAAAUUCGACACACCUAUUCCCAUGGUUACCAUCAUCCUGCCGUCCCGCACUUCCUUUUUAUUCAGACUAUCCAAGGGAUUGGACAUAUUUCUCCGUGAUUUGGAGACUUUGCAUCCUGUAUCUUUGCCAGUGUUCCCCAAACUUUAUUAAGCCAAGGGACGUUUUACAGUCCAUUUUAAAAACAACAAAAUUUCAUGGCACAUCACCAAACACAUCACAAAAAGCAUAUAUAUUAAAAUAAUGACUUUGUAUGAAUUAUAACAGGUGGAGACAGUUAAUUGUAUCAUCUGCCAUCUAGUGGAAGACCCUUUCAUUGUUUAUCACCCCAACAUUACCCUGACAAAUAAAUUGCUCACAGGUUAUUUGACUUGGGGGGGCACCAAAAAGUGUUCACAAAUGUGUACUUGCACAUGUAGUUAAGAUGCUCUCUCUGUACUUGCAUGGGCAUCCCAGGCUAAACUUAGCUCUUCUCCAAUGCACAAAGCUUGUCUCUUCAUCAAGUGCAUCACUCAACAAACUACUUCCACCAGUUACUAUUUUGAGCUUAUUGCACCUUGUAGCAAUAUAGAAAUAAAACAAAACCAAACCAAACAAAAAUGCUCCCGCAGUGAAAAAGAUCCUUUGGCUUUCGGUUGCACAUAAUUAAAAUGUGGUAAGCCUAUGUAUAUUUUCUGUCUUCUUCAAAAAUAAGCAAAUCAUGAGUAUGAGUUUAACACGAUGGCAGAACAGUAGCCACAACUGGUUAGCGCGUCAGCCUCACAGUUCAGAGGUGCAGGGUUCGAUUCCGGUUCUGGCCUUCCUCUGUGGAGUUUGCAUAUUCUCCCCGUGCCUGUGUGGGUUUUCUCCGGGUACUCUGGUUUUCUCCCACAUUCCAAAAACAUAUGUGGCAGGUUGACUGGGGACUCCAAAUUGUCCCUCUGUGUGGUUGUGAACGCAAAUGGUUGUUAGUCUCUGUGUGCCCUGCGAUUGGCUGGCAACCAAUUCAGGGUGUACCUCGCCGACUGCUGGGAUAGGCAGCAGCACGCCCGCGAUAAGUGGCUUGCAUAAUGGAUAGAUGACAUUUUAAUCCUGCAACUAAAAAUCGCGUUGUUGUUUUUUCCAGUGCAGGUGCGUUCUGCAGUGAAUAAUUGCUAGGGCCAUAAAAAUGCUGGAUUAGGGAAUUCAUCAAUACAAAACCUCAAAUAGGCAGGGGAUACUGGAUUUGCAGUGAUCAAUUCAUCUUUUCAGUGAUCAAUUGUGUGAGAUUUCCCACCGCACACUGGUGGUUAGGAAUCACAGAUGCAACCCAUAAUCAAUUCAUUCAUUCAUUCAACACACAUGACCAGGCUAAAUGGUCAAAGCUCACCUCAGGCCUUAAAACGUGAAUGGAAUGCACUUAAACAUAAAACACUGGUGUAAAAUCCCUCACAAAACAGGAAACAAGGAAUGAUGAACUUGGGGUUUUAUUGGCGCUUCUUAGAUUUUACACUGGUACUUGUGAUAGAUGAUUUUUUUUUUUAGUUUGUGAUUUCAUUCACAAGAAAAAAAAGACAGAGAAGCCCAAGCCAUAUGCUGUGUUUAAAUAAUGCUGCUGGUCAGGGAAAAAAAAAACAAAAUUAAAGAUGUUAUAGGAUAAAUGCAUUCAAUGUUGGGAGGCUGGGUGUCAUGACAACCACAAGAUCACAGACUUGAGAUACUACCUUUACACGCCAACACAUGUGGAUAGAGCUUGAAGAAACAUCCAUAGUGUUAGCGUCAGUCAACUUUUUCGUCCAAACUUUCAAUUGUUUUCACCCAAAAAUGUAUACUAUAAUCCCUUUGAUAAUUCAUUUGAAAAAUGAAAUCCAUUUGAAUCCCUUUCUGAUGGAUAAUGUCAAUAAAACAUGAAAUACUGCUCAUUUGUUUGAAUCAGCUGUUAAAAGUAUUUUUUGGGAGGAUAGGACUGUAAAUUUGCAGUGAAUUAUUUAUUAACGUAUUGAUGUACAUGGAACUUUGCAUUAAAAUAUUGCUUCAUGAUUGCA